AAAUUUAAAAUCCUUCUCUAGUCCUGCUACCUUCUUCCCAGCCCCUUAGGUCUCCUUCUCGCAGCACUCCGUAUUUGUCCCUCCUUUUCUCGGUUGGAAUUCCGCCUUUACGAAGAGAUAUUCUAGGGGUUAUAGCCAUCGCUGUGUUGCGGGCAUCGCUGGUGAACUAGGGUUUCUGAUGAUAAAGAUUCAAGUUAUAUAGUUCCCGUUAGAAAAAACUGAAGUUGGAGAGGCGCAGAGAGCAUGGAGAGUAAAGGGCGCAGGAAGCUAAAAGUGGCCAUCAUCCAUCCUGACCUUGGAAUAGGUGGGGCUGAAAGAUUGAUAGUUGAUGCAGCUGUUGAACUUGCUGCACAUGGGCACAGUGUUCAUGUUUUAACUGCUCACCAUGACAAAAGCCAUUGCUUCGAGGAAACCUUGUCUGGAAAAUUUAAAGUAUCAGUUUAUGGUAGUUUCCUGCCUCGCCAUAUUCUCUACUCCUUUCAUGCUGUCUGUGCAUAUCUUCGAUGUAUUUUUGUAGCCCUUUGUGUGCUUUUCAUGUGGCCAUCAUUCGACAUUGUGCUGGCUGACCAGGUUUCUGUGGUUAUUCCUCUAAUGAAAUUGAAAAGGUCUGCGAAGGUAAUAUUCUACUGCCAUUUUCCAGAUUUGCUACUUGCACAACAUUCCACAUGGCUUAGAAGGAUGUAUCGCAAACCGAUUGACCUGCUUGAAGAGAAGACUACUGGUAUGGCAAAUUUGAUUCUUGUUAAUAGUAAAUUUACAAAAUCUACCUUUGCCACUACUUUUCAAGGUCUUCAUUUGAGAGGAAUAGAACCUGCUGUUCUGUAUCCAGCAGUUAACGUGGAGCAAUUCAGUGGCCAAUGUAGCUAUAAGCCCAAUUUUCUUUCAAUUAAUCGUUUUGAAAGAAAAAAGAACCUGCAGUUGGCAAUUUCAGCAUUUGCAUUACUUUCUUCUUCUGGCACUAAUUCAUGUGAGGCAACUUUGACAAUUGCUGGUGGUUUUGAUAGACGUCUCAAGGAAAAUGUGGAGUAUCUUGAAGAGCUGAAAAUGUUGGCAGAAGUCCAAGGAGUGUCAGAUAGGGUCAAUUUUGUGACUUCCUGCUCAACACAAGAAAGAAACACAUUGCUCUCCCAAUGUCUCUGUGUUUUGUACACUCCAAAGAAUGAACAUUUCGGUAUCGUACCCCUGGAAGCAAUGGCUUCACAGAAGCCUGUUAUUGCAUGCAACAGCGGAGGCCCCGUUGAGACAGUCAAGCAUGAGCUUACAGGUUUUCUAUGUGAACCAAUCCCUUUAGAAUUUUCGAAGGCUAUGUCCGGCCUCCUUUCCGAUGGUGAGCUCGCCGUAAGGAUGGGCCGAGAAGCUCGGCGCCAUGUUACCGAAAUGUUCUCCACCAACACAUUUGGAGAUCGGUUGAACCGUUAUAUCCUCGAUACCUACCAUCAAAGGAUUGAAUGAUCUUUUCAUUUGUCCAUUUCAAAUAUAUUUUCUGGUAUGAGAAUUCUGGUAAAGUAUUUGAUUUUAACAGUUUUGAAUAUCCUUUUUCUUUAAUUGCUUUUGUGACCUUUUUGAUAUUUUGCUCUAAAAAUGUGUCACAGUAUGAACAUUAUUUAUGCUUUUGUUGGUGCGAGUGCUUGUUUUGUAAUUUUAUUUUUUUGGCCAAAUUGCAACACAUGAUUGGGCAUGUGAUUGGCUAUAAUUACCUUAUGAUCGUGUACUUCAACUUAAAUGGAGCACACGACGUGUAUAUAAUAGUGCAUAAGAUGGA